GCGGCCUGGGGACCCGGGCGUGUCCUCACGCUACUCCCUCCAAUGAGUGCGUUAAAAACAAAAAACCCCAAAGCAAGCCCCUGGCCAUUUUCACACAUCUAUAAAAGUGAAGGGCUUCCGUAUUGUCUCAAGCUCCACUGGAAAUGCAGCAAGGAUUCCUAGCACAUCCCAGUUGCCAUAGCAACAGCAGUCUUUCCCAUAAUGAGCUGCAUCAUCUGAACUGAUGUCACAGCAUCAUGCAGCAGGUCAAACAAGGCAUCUCCUAGUAUUGCAUCCUACAGAUGUGCCGUAAACAUCAAAAGACGACGGUGGGAGCAGGAGAUGCUGUUUUGGAAAGAAGUGAGAUUUAGACUUCUCCAUGUUAACCAUGAGUGUGACACUUUCCCCCCUGAGGUCACAAGACCUGGAUCCAAUGGCUACUGAUGCUUCACCCAUGGCCAUCAACAUGACACCCACUGUGGAGCAGGGUGAGGGAGAAGAGGCCAUGAAGGACACAGAUUCUGACCAGCAGUAUGAAAAGCCACCUCCACUCCACACGGGGGCUGACUGGAAGAUUGUCCUCCACUUACCUGAGAUUGAGACCUGGCUCCGGAUGACCUCCGAAAGAGUCCGGGACCUGACCCAUUCAGUGCAGCAGGACUCAGACAGCAAGCAUGUGGAUGUGCAUCUUGUUCAACUAAAGGACAUCUGUGAAGAUAUUUCUGAUCAUGUUGAACAAAUCCAUGCCCUCCUGGAAACAGAGUUCUCCCUGAAGCUGCUGUCUUACUCUGUCAAUGUGAUUGUGGACAUUCAUGCCGUGCAGCUGCUCUGGCACCAGCUCCGGGUCUCUGUGCUGGUUCUGCGAGAGCGCAUUCUGCAAGGUCUGCAGGACGCCAAUGGCAACUACACCCGGCAGACAGACAUUCUGCAGGCUUUCUCAGAAGAGACGAAGGAGGGCCGUCUUGAUUCUCUAACGGAAGUGGAUGACUCAGGCCAGUUAACUAUCAAAUGUUCUCAGAAUUACUUGUCUCUGGAUUGUGGUAUCACCGCAUUCGAACUGUCUGACUACAGUCCAAGUGAGGAUUUGCUCGGAGGCCUGAAUGACAUGACCUCUAGCCAGGUCAAAGCCAAGCCUUUUGACUCUUGGAGCUACAGUGAGAUGGAAAAGGAAUUCCCUGAGCUUAUCCGCAGUGUUGGGUUACUCACAGUGGCCCCUGACUGCACCCCGUCCAACUGCAGUGAGGCACCGAACGAGGAGGCUCCGCAGGUGUCUCUGUCCACAGACAGCCAAGGUGCAUGUGAGGAAAGCAGAGCUGCUGCAGGCGAAGAACCACUGGGCCCAACAUCAGGCCUGGCAGCGUCCACUGCAGCUCCGAGAGAUGCUGAGCAGCCUUCUUCUGAGACUGCGGAUCAAGAAUCCACUUCCUCCACCCUUCCUGGUGCAAAGAACCCGCAGCCUCCCCUUGGUGAGAAUGCCACCCCCAAACGAACCAUCAGAGACUGCUUCAAUUAUAAUGAGGACUCUCCCACACAGUCCACAUUGCCAAAAAGAGGGCUUUUCCUUAAAGAGGAGAAUUUGAAGACUGAUCUGAGAGGUGGUGACGGGAGGAAGCAAAUGGCUGAUCUGAAGCCGGAGCUCAGCAGAAGCACCCCUUCGCUGGUGGACCCGCCUGACAGAUCCAAGCUUUGCCUGGCAUUGCAGUCUUCCUAUGGCAGCAGCUCCUCUGCUGCCAGCCAGUCCUAUGAGUGUCUGCACAAGGUGGUGGGUGGGAACACGGAAGACACAGUGAAAAGGCAUAUCAAAGAGAUCUCUUCCAGCCUGGGAAGGCUCAGCGACUGCCACAAAGAGAAACAUCGAUUUAAAAAGCCACAUAAGACCUCAGAGGAGAUGCCUCUGUGCCGAACACCGAAGCGGGGAGUUGGUUCAGGCAAGCAAGCCGAGAACAGGAGCGGAUCAGGAGUACCUGGUAGGAUGCCUUCUUGUACUAACAAGGCCCCUCAGGGGCCAGAAGCAGAUUCAGCUUCCGCCUCCUCCCCAGAGCUGUGUAAUGAGAAAAGCAGAAAUGCCAAAUUGCCAGGGCGGUCAGAAACAUCGAGUUCACCACCCUUCACUCAGAGCAGCGACUCCCCUGUCGACUCAGACAGCACAUUCCCCAUACCUCUUCUUUCAAAACACGGCAGCGAAAAAGCUUACCCCUCUUCCCCAAGUCAUGUCACCAGGAAUGGUCAGGUGGUGGAGGCCUGGUAUGGCUCCGACGAGUACCUAGCACUACCCUCUCACCUUAAGCAGACAGAAGUAUUAGCUCUGAAGUUGGAAAACCUAACAAAGCUUCUGCCCCAGAAGCCCAGAGGAGAAACCAUUCAGGAUAUUGAUGACUGGGAAUUGUCAGAAAUGAAUUCAGAUUCCGAGAUAUAUCCAACAUACCAUGUCAAGAAGAAGCACACACAGCUGGGCCUAGCGUCCAACAGCUCAUCCAGCGACAUAGCCUCUUCUCUUGGAGAGAGCAUUGAAUCUGGGCCCCUGAGUGACAUUCUUUCAGAUGAGGAGUUGUGUGCAUCACUCUCUGGCAUGAAAAAAUAUACUGACAGGAAGUCAGAGAGAGCCUCAUCCUCCGAGAAAAAUGAGAGCCAUUCUGCUGCGAAAUCAGCUUUAAUUCAGAAACUAAUACAAGAUAUUCAGCACCAAGACAACUAUGAGGCCAUCUGGGUGAAAAUAGAGGGAUUUGUCAACAAACUGGAUGAGUUCAUUCAAUGGUUGCAUGAAGCCAUGGAAACCACCGAGAACUGGACUCCCCCUAAAGCUGAGACUGACAGCCUUAAACUGUACCUGGAGACGCACUUGAGUUUUAAGUUGAAUGUGGACAGUCAUUGUGCUCUCAAGGAAGCUGUGGAGGAGGAAGGACACCAACUGCUGGAGCUUAUUGCAUCCCACAAAGCAGGCCUGAAGGACAUGCUGCGGAUGAUCGCGGGUCAGUGGAAGGAGCUGCAGAGGCAAAUCAGGCGGCAGCACAGCUGGAUUCUCCGGGCUCUGGAUGCCAUCAAAGCUGAGAUCCUGGCGACUGAUGUGUCUGGGGAGGAUGAGGGAGGCACUGGAAGCCCCAAGGCUGAGGUCCAACUAUGCUGCCUGGAAGCACAAAGAGAUGCCGUUGAGCAGAUGUCCCUCAAACUGUACAGUGAGCAGUACACCAGCAGAAGCAAGAGGAAAGAAGAGUUUGCUGAUAUGUCGAAAGUUCAUACACUGGGAAGUAACGGGCUUCUGGACUUUGAUUCAGAAUAUCAGGAGCUCUGGGAUUGGCUGAUUGACAUGGAGUCCCUUGUGAUGGACAGCCACGACCUGAUGAUGUCAGAGGAGCAGCAGCAGCAUCUUUACAAGCGAUACAGCGUGGAAAUGUCCAUCAGGCACCUGAAAAAGAAGGAGCUGCUUAGUAAGGUUGAAGCUUUGAAGAAAGGUGGCGUUUUACUACCAAAUGAUCUCCUUGAAAAAGUGGAUUCAAUUAAUGAAAAAUGGGAACUGCUUGGGAAAACACUGGGAGAGAAGAUGCAGGACACAAUGGCAGGGCACAGUGGUUCGGGUCCACGUGACCUGCUCUCUCCAGAAAGCGGAAGCCUGGUCAGGCAGCUGGAGGUCAGGAUCAAAGAACUGAAAGGGUGGCUAAGAGAUACAGAGCUUUUCAUCUUCAAUUCCUGUCUGAGACAAGAAAAGGAAGGAACAACGAACGCCGAGAAACAACUGCAAUACUUUAAGUCUCUGUGUCGUGAAAUCAAGCAACGACGCCGAGGAGUGGCCUCUAUUCUGCGGUUAUGCCAGCACCUUCUGGAUGACCGGGACACCUGCAAUCUGAAUGCAGACCACCAGCCCAUGCAGCUCAUCAUUGUGAAUCUUGAAAGAAGGUGGGAGGCCAUUGUCAUGCAAGCCGUCCAGUGGCAAACACGGCUGCAAAAGAAGAUGGGAAAGGAAUCGGAAACUUUGAAUGUGAUUGAUCCUGGCUUGAUGGUCCUAAAUGGCAUGAGUGAAGAUGCCCUGGAAUGGGAUGAAAUGGACAUAAGUAACCAACUAAUUAGUUUGCAUGAAGAAGCCAGUGACCUUGGUCAAGAGCCCCAACCUGUCACAGCUUCCUUGAAGCCUGAAGAAACAGGCAGUGAGGACCCUGGUUAUGAAGAGGAGGCAGGAGACCAUGGGGUGUCUCGGUAUGCUUCAGAUGUUACCGCCCCCUCCAGCCCACACGUUUACCAGGUGUACAGCCUCCACAAUGUUGAACUUUAUGCAGACAACCACAUGCCAUUUCUGAAGAACAAUUCAAAGUUUGCCGGCAUUACACAACCUAGUGUUUUAACUAAGAGUCUCAGUAAAGACUCCUCAUUUUCAUCCACCAAAUCACUGCCAGAUCUCCUAGGAGGUUCCAACUUGGCAAAGCCCUUUUCAUGCUAUGGAGGAGACAUGAGUCAGAACUCAGGCAGCGAGAGUGGCAUUGUCAGCGAAGGCGACACAGAAACCACCACCAACUCUGAAAUAUGCUUGCUCAGUGCAGCAGAUAGGUCCCCAAGUAACCCUGAAACUGAACAUCUGGACCCACCAAUGGGAGAGGCAGUUAACACGUUAAAGCAAAAAUGUAAAGAUGAGGAGGGAUGCAUGAAGCUUCCAAGCAGCUCUCAGUCAUCCAUUUCACCAGUGGGUUGUGUAAAUGGAAAAGUUGGAGAUUUAAACAGUGUUACCAAACAUACCCCUGAUUGUUUGGGAGAAGAAUUACAAGGAAAACACGAUGUGUUUACAUUUUAUGAUUACUCAUACCUCCAAGGCUCAAAACUCAAAUUACCAAUGAUAAUGAAACAGUCACAAAGUGAAAAAACACAUGUGGAGGAUUCCCUCCUUCGUGGUUUUUAUUUUGAUAAAAAAUCCUGCAAAUCUAAACAUCAGGCUCCAGAGUUACAGCCAGAUACAUCUCCCCAUGGCAGGAUUUUGGCAAGUGCAUCCCAUGAGACGGAUCGCAAUUCAUAUAAAAGUGGUGAUAUAGAGAAGACGUUUGCUGGCAUCCACAAUGCCAGACAGCUCUCCGUUUUAUCUCGUAGUUCAUCUGUUGAGUCCCUUUCUCCAGGGGGUGAUUUAUUUGCCAUGGGCAUCUUUAAAAAUGGCAGUGACAGCCUUCAGCGAAGCACUUCUUUGGAAAGUUGGUUGACAUCCUAUAAAAGCAAUGAAGAUCUUUUCAGCUGUCACAGUUCUGGGGACCUAAGUGUGAGCAGCGGCUCAGUUGGUGAACUAAGCAAAAGGACAUUAGAUCUCCUGAAUCGUCUGGAGAAUAUCCAGAGUCCCUCAGAGCAGAAGAUGAAGCGAAGCGUUUCUGAUAUCACUCUCCAAAGCGGUUCCCAGAAGAUGUCCUUCACUGGCCAGAUGUCACUGGACAUAGCCUCCUCUGUCAAUGAAGACUCGGCAGCCUCUCUCACGGAGCUCAGCAGCAGCGAUGAGCUCUCUCUCUGCUCAGAGGAUAUUGUGUUGCCCAAAAACAAGAUCCCAGAAUCGAAUGCAUCCUUCAGGAAGCGCCUGAAUCGUUCAGUGGCUGAUGAGAGUGAUGUCAAUGUCAGCAUGAUCGUUAAUGUCUCCUGUACUUCUGCUUGCACGGAUGAUGAAGAUGACAGUGACCUCCUCUCCAGUUCUACACUCACCUUGACUGAAGAAGAGCUGUGUAUCAAAGAUGAAGAUGAUGACUCCAGCAUCGCCACAGAUGACGAAAUUGAUGAAGAUGGCCACCUGAUGUCAGGGCUGGACUACAUAAAGAAUGAAUUACAGACCUGGAUUAGGCCUAAGUUGUCUUUGACAAGAGACAAGAAACGAUAUGAUGUCAGCGAUGAAAGGAAAGGUAACAGAGCUGUGAGUAGUAAUGAAACAACCAAUCCCUCCAGCACCCUCAACAUCGAGGCCCUUCUAAAUGGCUCCAUCAAGAGUCUCUCUGAAAAUAAUGGAAAUGCUAAGAAUUCAUCCCAUACCCAUGAGUUAGGGACCAGGGGAGAAAAUAGGAAAAACAUUUUCAAAAUUAAUAAAGACCCAUAUGUGGCUGAUAUGGAAAAUGGCAACAUUGAAAGUACUCCAGUGAGACCAAAGGACAAACUGAAUGGGAUUUCAAAGGGAUCAGAAAAUCUCAGCUCAAAUGGGGAAAAGAUUGCAGAGAAUGAUCCUUGUAAGUGUAGGGAUAAUUCAGGUGAUUCAAAUAUUGUUGGAAAGGAAUUUGUGCCCCAAACCAUAAGCCAACUUUCAAAGGAAUGUCCAAAUCACCACCAUUUUGAAAAUCAAAGUGCCGAUUCUACUCCUACAGAACAGAUUUGCCCAGAAGUAGCUUUGGAAGUCUGCAUUAACAACAGACAAGACUGUGAUGUACGGAAAUCUUCAUCUAAUGACAUUCCAAGUUUGGAUGUACUUGAACAAAAUACCACCGAAGAAAAUGCUUCUAUCAGCGAUGGCACUUCCUGUUGCAACUGUGAGCCAGAUGUUCUCCAUCAGAAAGAUGCUGAGGACUGUUCAGUCCACAACUUUGUUAAAGAGAUCAUCGGCAUGGCUUCAACAGCCCUAAAAAGUAAGUCCCAACCUGAAAACGAAGUGGCUGCUCCAACUUCAUUAACUCAAAUCAAGGAGAAGGUGCUGGAACAUUCUCAUCGCCCUCUCCAGCUGAGAAAAGGGGACUUCUAUUCCUACCUAUCUCUCUCCUCUCAUGACAGUGAUUGUGGGGAGGUCACCAGUUAUGUAGAAGAGAAAAGCAGCACUCCAUUGCCACUGGACACCACAGACUCUGGCUUAGCUGUAAAGGAAGACAUUGAAUGCUUCUUUGAGGCCUGUGUUGAGGAUGGCCACGAUGGGGAGGACCCUUGUGCUCCUCCCAGUGAAUCCCCAGCUCCCAGGGAAGUGGCACUGCCCUUAGAAACAACAUCAAGCUCUUCUACAACCAGUGAUACUUGUCUCUUAGCUGAUGAUGCAGACAUGUUGGCUUCUUCAAGGUCUCCCCCUCAGAAAGAAACUAACAUUAGAAAGGAAGUGGACGAUUUACCCCAGACAUCCCAAAGCUAUACAGGAAGCUCAGAGCUGACUUCUUCAAGACGAGGCAAUGAAAAGGGGGAUUCAGGAAAAGCAAGUGAACAUGGAGUUCCAGAAGAGCAUAAUGCUGCUGCAGCCAAACCUGAAGUUCGAGACCUCUCCUUGCAAGGAAAUCAGACAAAACGCAAGGCUGCUUUGCAUCCCAGCCCCAAAGCUUUAACAUGCAAAGAAACUCUUGUAUACCUUCACGAAGAACGACACAGAAAUAUGCAUAGAUAGAAUGUAUCCCCCUAGCAUGAAAAUCAUCUCAUUGAAAGACACAGAAUUGAAAUGAGCUGUAAAGGCUGAGCGGCUCCAUCUUUGGACGUGAAGGAAGCAGAUGUGCUGAUGGAUCUGUGGAGCCCUCACAUUUUACAGCAGAGACAGGGUAAAACUGUCAGCCAGUCUACCUGCCAGGCAACAAUAUUUUGUUGAGCCUCUGCGAUGGCUGUCCUUACUCUGGGUGAAGGAGGAGGCCGCCAGAUCUCACUUCUGCAGAACUCACAUCGCCCCCAAGUGACUUGUCCUCAGCCUAGAACCAUUAGAAUAGCCAUAAUUACUGCUCUGAUUCACCUGCUUUUGUUUGUUUGCUUGUGUCCAGUAUCUUAUAGACUCCCGAAUUUUCUCCAGUCAUUAGCAUUGCAUACCUGUGUGUUAAUGUUCGUGUAUUUUUAAGCACUACCAAGCCAGACAAGUCAUCUAGUCUAAAAAAGUGACCAUGCCUUUAAUAAUUUAUAUUAAGAUUACAUAAUAAAACUAUGUGCUAACUAUGAUGUUUUGUGUUUCUAGAAACUCAAUGUAAUUAUUAUUAUAUUUUAGAAAAUUAAAAAACCUGGACUUUCUAAAGCUAUUUGAAAAUCAUAGCCAGGAUAUUUCUUUUAUUAGGACAGUAAAAUUUAUCAAUGGCCACUGUUAAUUUUUUUCCCCAUAAGUACAUUCUCAGAUGAUAAAGUGAAUAUAAUGCCUUCCAGAAGGAAUGUAACUUACAAUAGUGGAUGCAGUUUGCUACAGUCACAAAAAUUUUUGAAAAGGUUUUUUACUUACGGCAUUCUCAUUAAAAGCCUGCUGAAACUGUUGGAGAAGCUUUAACGGGCUCCGACAGUAUGCAUUUGCACUGAUUUCCAGGCACACUGCUGUGCUUUUCACUAUUUUCAUUUAUGUGUCAUGUUCCUAUAAAAAUAGAGAGGUCAGUUACAGCAAAUCACAUCAAAGGAAAGGUAACUGGAUGGAGGCAGCUCUCUCUGCCUCAUUUGGAGGAAGCACAUAGUGCAUUCUGGAGUGCCUCCUAGGACCCGCCUAAGAGAUGUACUUUGCACUAAUCUUUCUGCUCUAUUCCAACAGUUAUUUCUUCAUAAUCCUCAUCGUAAGCCUCUGAUCUUUGAUGAAUAGUUUAACCCUUAACUUGAGGCUGGAAAAAUCCCAGUGGUAUAAAAAUUUAACUCAUCACAUGCAGCC